AUGGAUGAGCUGUUAUCCAAAGCUGGUUCACAAGUUGUGACAUUUGCCAUCAAAUCAGGAAUCUCUAUAGCUUCGUCAUAUGCCCUCAAGCAAAUCAGCAAUUUUGCUAUACAAAUACCGAAAGAUGAUGCUGGGAGAAUUGAAGAACUAAGAGCAAAACUCGAAAAUAGAAUAGAAAUUGUAUCAUCAGCUAUCGACCUUGUGAGGCUCGUUGCAGCUAGGGGUAAUACCAAUCUAACAAGCACAUUAAAACUAACGAGAGAUCUAAAAAAUGAUAUCGACAAAUUUGAUGAAAAUAUCAACCUUCUGUUGGAAAAAUUACAUGACGAUACUAUCAGAUCAUCUCAGAAAAGAACUAAUCUUAUAAAAUCUGUUGAGGACUAUAUCAAGGAUCUACUAGGCCGGAUUGAUGAAGCCACACCUUUUAUUAAUCUUUCCUUAACCACGUCGGGUGCAACUUUGAGUACCACAUUACCAAAAAGCGUUUCAACUAGUAUACUCCUGCAAGCAUCAUAUUUUAUAAACAAAAAUAAUGAGCUUUUUGACUCCGGAGAAGUGAGUACUUUAAGAGUUGGUCCCAAAUUUGAAGUUACUUUAUAUUCAGUUUUCUACAAUAGCCUCAAUUCUGAAAACAGGGUAGUAUGGAAAGAGGAUAUGGCUAGAGCUUCGGUCUCCUUGUCAAGAGUCAAGGAGGGCAAAAUGAAAUACAGAUAUAUAAUGGACAUUGAACAGAAUUUUGAUGAUGGUCGGUAUCAUAAUACUGAUGGCGCCGAAGAAGUGCCUGAAAAGCUGAAUAUACGGCUUUCUCAGAUUGAAAGAGUGUUCUUUAGUGUCUCCGGAAAACUUCUGAAAUUGGAAGAGAAAGACUCGUCUGUUUUGGUACUUAAGGUGGCUGAUAGAGACAAUACUGGUGGAUUGACAGAUAAUGAGGAGCUUUCUGAUGAGAAACAUAAAUGGUAUGCUUUUGGGGAGUAUGGAGGACCCGUAGGCGAUAGUGACAGUUCUGAAGAAGAAGAAGAUAGUGAUGACGUUGAUAAGAAGAGCAAGGAGGAUUAUGAUGACAGAAAAUAUCGGGACAAAGAUGCAGAAAGUGAACUGGCUAAUAAUAAUGAAAUUUCGACUUCAAUUGCUUUACUUGAAUACAUUAUACGAUUAAGCUCUCUACAAGGAAAUGAUCAAGAAGGACUUCUUGAAGUGAAUGACGAGAGACUUUCAGUUUAUCUUAAUGACGAAAAUCCUUCUGCUAUCAAACAUAAAUCUUCUAUCAGCCAUAUUACAAGCACACUGGCAAACGUACGAAUAGAAUAA